UGACCACGAAUUUUCUAAUGAUAUCCGGUUAAUUUACGUUAAUAUGAGCCAACAAACUUUAGGUUUUUUUAUGAGCAAUUGAAACCACACCGGUGUCAAAUCAAAUGCAUUAGUCAGAUGAUUCAUUUUGGUAAUGUGAUGUGCUUCGAGGCAUUACACAUCGCACGGAAAAAACAUUGCACUUUUACGGGGAAUCUAACUAGAACAGGACACAGAAUUUCGUUUUCCGCUCACUUUGAAAAGCCGAUAAGAUCUUUAAUUCGCCGUCUCUUGGAGUGAAGAGAGGGUUAGGAUCUUAUAAAGAUAAAAAGUCAGUCUGUCAAGAUCGCACGACCAGUGCUGGAAAUGGAAUCGAUUUUUAAAGUAUUUGUUUAUUUGCUGGUAGGACAGUUAGCAAGCAACUUAUGUAAUGCAGCACUGCCGUGCGCAGUAGACGUGGCGUUCCUAGUCGACAGUUCGGCCAGCAUUGGACAUCACAACUACGAAAAAGAAAAAGCUUUCGUCAAAGAAACUGCGUCUCUUCUUGGAAUUCCAACACACAGCCGCGGCGCUGUCAUCGUCUUUGGCGACGACGCUAAGCUUAGUAUUGAUUUCCACCAGGCCAAGACACGGCAACAGUUCGAUAAUCUAGUCCAAAAUAUUCCAUACAUGAGCAGAAGAACGCGCAUUGACAAGGCUUUGAUUUUAGCCGCGAAGGAAGUAUUUCCUAAGGCGCGAAAACACGUUGUCAAAAUUGCAUUAGUGAUAACGGAUGGUAAACUAACCAAAAUGCGUGAUACGAUACCAUUACUGAAUGUCUCGCGGCCCUUGAGGGAAAAUGGGGUGCGUGUUUUAGUAGUUGGGAUUGGGAUAAACGUUAAUAAGAACGAGCUGGAAGAGAUGGUGGAAAAACCAGAGGAUAUGUUUUUGACUGAUAAUUUUGAUUCCUUGACAAGACGAGUGCAAGAAAUUGUCAACUACACUUGUAACAACGCUGUAUUACAAGAAUGCCUUAGUUUAUCAAGAUCACACUGUGCAAGAGAAGUAAGAGAGAGAGAGAAAGAUCUUAUGUCUUUUCUUAAUGGGAUUGCUUCUCUCGAUGUUGAACACGGGCGGUCACUACAGAACGCAACGUUUUUGUUGGAUGAUCUGCUCAACGCUCUACAAUCCGGCAGACACCUGCAUUCAAUUCCCAAAAGUUACAUAAUGUGUUGUGUGUCCAGAAUGGAGGAGUUUAGCUUCAGGUUUGCUGCACGCCACCUAGAAGAAUCAAAUCACAGUAUAAAAAUGGAAACCGAUAGAAUUGUGUUUGAUGCCAAGCGCAUUGCGAAUAACAGCUCUAAGGAAUAUACCUUUCCAAACACGGACGAAAACAAAUAUGGCGCUAUGGUGGUCCUACCAACCAAACAUUACACUGAUAAAGAUAGUUUCGUCGUCAGCAUUCUGUACAAAAGCCUCCAUCGCUAUUUACAACAGGCUUUGGAUAUUCAUCAUGAACGAGACAAUGGUGGUCAACUUGGGACACGGGUCUUGUCUGUGACGGUAAAACCACCUAGAAAAAAGAUGGCGCCCAAUGUAACUCUUCGAUUUGAAACUCUGCCAUCACUGAAGACUCAUCACACUAGCAAUCAAACCUGCGUGUUUUGGGACUUUACCUUUGAUGAAAAGGACAAAUGGUCAAAACAAGGAUGUAUGGUGUCAAGACAAGAUGAACACAUGACUGAAUGUAGUUGUAACCACCUGACACACUUUGGUAUUCUCAUGCAAAUACAAGAACAAACGUUAUCCAAGACAGACGAAGAUGCUUUAUCCAUCAUCACCUACAUUGGUUUAGGACUAUCUUUACUUGGCUGCGCACUAACAAUCUUGUUGUACUUUGCUUUUGUGAAUCUGCGUGCGCAGUUGUCGCAGAUUCGUAUCAACCUUGUGGUAUCGAUCGCUAUUGGGCAGAUAAUCUUCAUCGCUGGCAUCGACGCGACACAAAACUUGGGUGGUUGUAUAGCUGUGGCUGUCUUCAUUCAGUAUUUCUACUUGGUCGCAUUCUGUUGGAUGCUCGUCGAAGGAGUCCAGUUAUAUCUACAUGUUGUUAAAGUAUUUAACAUCGAGCAUGGAAUGGUUGCAAACUACAUUUUUGCUUGGGGGUUCCCGUCAAUCGUUGUCAUGGCAACUGUCAUAGCAGCGCUGACCAGCAAGGAUGGCGCAGCAGGGUUAAUCAACGAGAGAUUUUGUUGGUUAUCGUUUAAAAACAAGCUGGCCUGGACAUUCGCUGGACCUAUUUUAGCAAUAACACUUAUCAACAUUAUUCUCUUGCUGCAUGUAAUAAGAGAGAUGUCAAAGAUGCAUGACACGAUAGGAGGAUCUACAUCACAACUAAGUAUUGUUCGAAAGACAGCCAAGGCUUGCAUCGUGCUUUUCCCCCUUCUUGGUAUCACGUGGUUAUUCGGGAUAUUGACCAUGUCGGAGGUGGGCGUGACAGCACUUUAUAUCUUCACUAUACUGAAUUCAACACAGGGAUUUUUGAUAUUCAUACUCAGCUGCGUCAGAAAUAGCGAGAUUCGUUCCAAAGUACACGCAAAGCUACAAAGUCUUCAUCUUUCAAAGCCCAGUGGGUCAAGCGUAAUGCCAAAUCCUGAAGUAUCUCCUGAACCAUGUCCACCACGACGAGACAGGAUGAUCAUGACGGAUAACAAACGCCGUGAAAAUUUCGAACCAUCACGACUAUGAACUGUAUAGAACGCAUUUUCUUUCACGACUUCGUGAAUUACCGCUUUGUCCUUGACUUAGUCCUUAGAGUUAGCCUUAUAGGGGUUUUGAACCAUUACGUGCCCAUGCCCAUACAGCUUGGGCUACCUGUGUUUAGUUGGCAGAACAAUAAAUUCCCUUUACUCUUGGGGAUUGAAUCGGUUGCUCGUGUAAAACGAUUACAUUGCUCCUGCCAUCUAACAUGGCUGCCGUCACGUGAUGGUGCAAAACCUCUAUUUCAGUUUCAAAAUAUUCACAAAUGCCAAUGGUAAAGUAAAGAAGGCACGACUUCAACAAUACAAACACUUUAAAAUUCCACAAACCUUCGCUAAAACAAAUAUAUUCUGAAAGCAAAAUUGAGGCUAAUCCUGAGCAACAGAGAAUUCAUUCAAAACUUAAUUUUUUUGCUCUCCAUUUGUGCUAGUAGUCAAUCAAGAAAACCUACCGUAAAAUGCUCUUUUUUGUAAUUGUUGUAUUUAACAGUAUGCGAACAAUAAACUUCAAAUGAAAAAAG